ACUUCCGUUUCCCCUAUACACGCGCGCGCACACACGCGUUAACGGGCAGCAGCAGCAGCGGCGGUGGUGGUGGCGACGGCAGCUGUGGCUGAGGGGAGUUAGGGCUUAGGACAGCGAGGUAAGCUUCACACCCACCGCCGGCAUCCCGCACGAAAUAAAUUGAGGGAGGCGGGGAAAUCCCGUCGAGUUGGGUGGGUUUGGUCGCUGGUGGGGUUCGUCCAGCGGAGGCUGAGCUGAGCCGCGCCGAACCGCAGUGAGGGGGAGGGGAGAGACGGCCCAACGGUCACUGUGGGAACCCAGCGCGCGGCCCCACACUUCUUGCCGCCGGUUAAUGGGAGCGCACCGCCCUGCCUGGCUGAUGCAUCGGCCAAUGGGAGCGCCACGGCCGCCCUUGUCUCAGCCAAUGGCGGCGCCUGUCUGUUCGCAGCCGCUCGCUCAGCCAAUGGGAGCGCCCUUCUGUGCGCGCUCGAUGGCUCAGCCAAUGGGAGCGCCCUUCGGUGCGCGCUCGGCGGCUCAGCCAAUGGGAGCGUCUCGAUUGUCGAUGUCCCAGCCAAUGGGAGCGCCUCACCGCGCUGGGCUUGCGUCUCAGCCAAUGGGAGCGCCCUUCGGUGCGCGCUCGACGGCUCAGCCAAUGGGAGCGGCUCGAUUGUCGAUGUCUCACCCAAUGGGAGCGCCUCCCCGCGCUGGGCAAGUGUCUCAGCCAAUGGGAGCGGCUGUCUGUGCGCGCUCGUUGCCUCGGCCAAUGGGAGCACAUCAACUGCCGGGGUCUCGGCCAUUGAAAGCGUCUGUCGGAGCACGAUUGUUGUCUCACCUAAUGGAGGCGCCUCGAUUGCCGACGUCUCUACCAAUGGCGGCGCCGGGCGGCGAUGCGCCGGGGCCGAUGAGGGACCCGCUCUCCACCCGGCACACGGCCCGGGCCAUGCGGGCGCCCUAUCCCACCCCGCUGGCGUCCCACCUCCCACAGCACGCGGACCCCUCCCGCCCGAUGGGCGCACACCUCUCGGCAUCUUGGUCAAGGCGUGUGCUCCUCCCGACGCCGGAUUCAAUGGGCGCGGCCCCUCGACCAAUGGGCCCACCUGGCCCGACAUCUCGGGUCGUGCAUGUGCCCCUCUCGCCACCUCGGCCAAUGGGCGCGCCUGUCCCGACAUCUCGGGUAGUGCAUGUGCCCCUCUCGCCACCUCGGCCAAUAGGUUCACUUCACCCGGCAUCUCGGCGAAUGGGUUCGCCAGUCAUGACAUCUAGGUCAAGGGAUGCGCUUCUCCCGACGCCGGAUCCAAUAUGUGCGCCCCACCCUCGGUCUACGGCUCCUCGAACAAUGGGUGCGCAUGGCCCAACACCGCUACCAAUGGGUACACCUCUCCCACCAUCUGCGGUGCCUCGGUCAAUGGGAAAGUUUCUCCCCACAUCUCAGUCAAUGAAUACGCCCCUCUUGACAUACACGGCACAGCGACAAAUGGGAAUACCCCACCCAUCGUCUGCGAUGCCUCGGCCAAUGGGCACGUCGCACCCCUCAUCUGCGGUGCCUCGGCCAAUGGGAGCGCCCCUUCUGCCAUCUGCAGCUUCUCAGCAAGUGCGGGUGCCCCAUACACGAUCUGCAGCUCCUGUGCCAUUGGGUGCGUCUUUCCUUCAAUCUGUGGCUGCUCGGCCAAUGGGAACGCCGCUCCGCUCAUCUGCGGCUUCUUGGCCAAUGGGCUUGCCUCCUCUACCAUCUGCAUUCCCUCAGCCAAUGGGAGCACCUCGCUCAGCUCCUCAGGCUCCACAGCCAAUGGGAACCCCUCACUCAGCUUCUUCAACUUCACAGCCAAUGGGAGCACCUCGCUCAGCUGCUCCAGCUCAACAGCCAAUGGGAAUGCCUCGCUCGACUCCAUGGCCACUGGGAAUGCCUCGCUCGGCUCCAUGGCCAAUAGGAGCAACGCACUUGGCUCCUCGGUCUAUUGUAGAACCUCACCCAUCUUCCCCAACAUCUCGGCGAAUGGGCUUAGUGCUGCCGGGGUCUGAGCCAAUAGGAAUGCCUCAUCAGGCGUCUCGCUCUGCAUUGCCAUUGUCCCAGCCAAUUGGCGUGCCUCACCCUAGGCUACCGUUAUCUCUGGCAUUGCGACUCAGGGGCUAUUAGACCCCAAAUGUUACUUGGCUACUCUGUCCUGUGGUAAUUUGCUGCCUUGUGGGAAUUUAGUGUCAUGCAGCACAAAACCAAGCAUUUGACUCAAUUCGCCUUUGCUGGCCAAGAUGCUCCAUCCAAGCUCGUCCCAUUUGCCUGCUCCUGGCCCAUAUCACUCUAAACCAUUCCUAUCCUGUCCAAGUAUUUUAAACGUUGUUAUUGUACCUGCCUCAACUACCUCUUCUGUCGUGGUGGGAGUAGAUGGCAAAGCAAUGCCUGGACAGAGGAGCGAAUGGGUCAAUGAGGGCACCUCUCUCUGCUCGGUCGAUGUCUCGACCCAUGGACGCAGUACCUAACCCUGCUGGCAUCUCAGCCAAUGGGGACGCCUCACCCCACCCUGCCGGCAUCCUGGCCAAUGGCAGCGUCAUUUGUCAUGGCAUGUAUUUUAUUUCAUUAACUUUCAGUCUUUAACUGAAUCUCUGUUCAGCUCAAUUAUUGUCUACGACAGUGUUCAUUAUUCAUGUUUUUCCUUAGAAAGACUGGUUAUUUUCGACCCAAAGUUACUUUUGUUUGUGUUUGUGUAUAUUUUAAAUGAACAUUGUCUCUGAUGAUGUAACACUCUUAAUUACACUCAAUUAAUGGUGGUGCUGAAGAAUCUUUGUGAAGAGAAUAUUUUAAUAGGGGAGGGUGGAAGCAGAUGUCUAAAGAGAUAAAACACCGUUAAAAACACUUUCUUUUCAAGGGUGAUAUAGUUUGUUGGAGAAUCGCAUUCUGAAGCUUACUGAACAUGUUAAAUUUGUACGUUAUGUCAUAAUUCAAUGUUUUCUGUUAGAAGUGCUUUAUUUUCAAUGUUGAUCAUUAUUGCUGCACUUGUACAAAUUCCCUUUAAGCAGUGAUUUGCAGUGGAAUUUAAAUUGAUUAAAUUUGACAAAUAAUUAUUUUUGUAUAACAAUGUAUGUUAAAUAGUGUUUAUAUUGACUGUCAAUACCAUUUCUGUAAUUUUGUCCCUAUUACAAAUUUAAUUGGAUCUUUUCUUUCCCAGUAAAAAAAAUUAAGAGUGUACUUAAAUUCAGAGUUUAAAGUACUCUCUAAAGCAUAUACAAUACACAGUUUUUAAGAGUUUCCAGAGGGGUGAAUAUUGACCGGAUGAGAUAUUGUUUAUGUUUGCAAUCCUGUUAGCCGAAUUGUUAUCAACUAGAGUUUUAAAUGCUGAGGAAAAUGGGUGUUUUGUAUCAUUAGGAGAAAUAUUGGUUGGUAAGCACGUGACAAAAGCUUUCACGUGACAAUAAUAAUAAACUAAAUUAAACUACCUGCUAACAUGUACUCCAUCACCUUUAAUCUCAAAUAUCACUGUUGACUACAAAUUUAUUAUACUUUUGAUCACCAGGGCUGUUUUGUUUGUAGAAAUGCUGCCAUGCUUCUGUAAAUUAAGUUAAUGUAUUGUUUCUGCUUGAGAUUAAAACAGAUAUCCAGCAUACCACUUUGUUGCAGUUGGAUAUUUUAAAUCUUUCAGACCCCAGAAACGUUAUCAUGUACUCACCACAAUGAACGGGAGAAUAUUUGUAGAGACAUUAAAGAAAAUUGGUUAUCCUAAUGCCAAUCAAUUAAAUGGGGAGCACUUUGAUUGGUGGUUUGACAUUGGCGAUGAAAGAAUGUUUGUAGAAUGGUUCUGCAACACUGUAAAUGAACAGAAUGUACUAUCAGAAGAAGAGUUGAAUGGAUUGAAAAGACUUGAAGUUGAAGAUUGCCUGUUGGAUCAGAAAGACUUGGAUCAGGUCUUGGAGACACGACCUAAAGAUGUGAAAUCAAAAUAUGGCAACCUGGAAGAGAUGACAGUUGACGAACUGGAAAGUGAAAUUGAAGUGCUACAGUUGACUCGAAAUAUUAAAAUCCAGCGACGGAAUAAGCAACAACUGAUGGUCACUAAAAUACACCAUCUGCCGAUGCAGCUACGGGAUCAGGAGGAUGAAUGUGCCCGAUUAUUGAGAGAAAUACAUCAACAACUAGUGGUUAAAAAUGCCAAAUUAAAUAACACGCUGUUAAACAUUCACAAGGAAGUUCAGGAGCUAAGUUCUGCGUAUUCGAGUACUGAGGCAGAAAAGAGACCAGAGCAAGAGAUUGUCUUCCUGUCACAACUUGCAUUGGACCGCUAUCUGCAACAAGAGGAACAAUGCACCUCAGCGCUCACUGAAUACACCAAGAAACAGUUUUUUCAGGGCAUAGUGGAGUUGGUUGCAAGCUCUGAUGUAGAAAAAUUUCAGUUGGUGCACUUAACUUCUCAACCGGUACAGGGACAGUGCAACGAGGUACUCGAAGAAUAUAAACAACAAAUGGCAAGAAUCCAAGCAGUAUACAGCAGUGGCCAACGGCAGUUAAUUUUGGCAAAAGCGAAGGAACAAAGUACAGAGGCUAGACUUCAAUACUUGGAACAGAUAAUUUCAUCAAUGCGAACAAGAAAGCUGACUGAUGAUGCAAAUGGUAUAAAAGCCAAGAAGAGUAGUUUGGCCAAAGAACUAACUUCAAUAAAUGUCCAAAUAGAACAACUGAUUAACGAGGAGCUUCCUGAUCUAAUUGCCGAGAACGCACAACUCUUAAAUAUGCCAGUUGUGAAAGGUAAUUUUGACCUGCAGAUGUCUCGCCAAGAUUACUGCACCUCCAAGCAGGAUGAAAUUGCAAGUCAGCUGAUCAAACAGAAAGCUCGAUUUGAACUACUUCAACUCGCAUAUGAAAUGGAACUGUGUAAACAUAGGGAAACCCAUCGGCAGCUCGAGAAUCUGGCUAAGAAACUUAAUCAAAGCAGAGAAGACGUUGUGAGGCGUUUGGAGAUGAUGUCUGAUAAGUCUCUAUUGCCAAGUAAUAAACAACAGACCUUAAUUGAUUCAAGUGAUACCACUACUGCCAGACUUGCUGAGAUUUUAGUGGGAGAUGACGAGCAGCAGCCGUUCAAAACAUACAGUGGUCUAGAAGAGGGAGCCAAAAAGCUUCAGAAGGAAGUAGUUUGUUUAAAGGACCAGUUAAAUGCAACAAUGCACAAUCAGUCUUUCCUGCGGUCAGCACUAGAAUCUGACAUCGAGAAACUUCAGAGUGUUAUGUAUACUGGAUCCAAGCAACUUUUACUUCACUCUGAGGAACUGUCUGAACCUCUUCGGAAAUUGGAAAGUCAAUUGCAGAGACUACCCCAAAUCAUUGGAAAUAUAGCUGAUGAUAUCAAAUCAAAACAUAAAAUGUUGUCAAGCAACUCCAUUUGUAGAGGCGAGAGAAGUCUGUAUGUCCAUUUCUUUCAAGAUCCUGAUCAACUGAAGAAGAUUGUGGAGGAUUUUGAAAGGAAAUUUCAGACUCGCAGCAUCGGAUUGGACAGCUGAUGAGUGACCAUCAAGUAGAAAACAUGACAGAGUGUGAAGGCCCAUCUGAAUAAUAACUUCUCUUAACAUGAUCAAUUCUGGUUAUUUGCAUAGUAAUGUACAUUAGAAAACUGAAGCAAUCCUAAGUUUGUAUCCCUCCACCCAAUCAUAUGAUUUCUUUAUGAACUUUUUUUUUCAAACGGCUUUUUGCCUGAAAUGUAUAUAAUUUUAACUCUAGUUGAUUAAAUUGCAACAUUGGGCAUAUCUGUACUGGGCAGAAUUCAGUUCUGACAUUGAGACAAUUUUUUUUUGUUUUGUGGUUAACAAUUUUAGAUAAAUAAAGUAUUUCAAUCAGGUUACUACAUCUUCA